AUGGACCAGUACUACAUCUUGGGUCGCAUAGGGGAGGGUGCCCAUGGAAUUGUCUUCAAGGCCAAACACGUCGAGACUGGGGAGAUAGUUGCCCUCAAGAAGGUGGCUCUGAGGCGACUAGAGGACGGCAUCCCCAACCAGGCCCUGCGGGAGAUCAAGGCUCUGCAGGAGAUCGAGGACAAUCAGUAUGUGGUGCAGCUGAAGGCUGUGUUCCCACAUGGUGCUGGCUUUGUACUGGCCUUUGAAUUCAUGCUAUCUGAUCUGGCCGAAGUGGUGCGCCAUGCCCAGAGGCCACUGGCUCAGGCACAGGUUAAGAGCUAUCUCCAGAUGCUGCUCAAGGGUGUUGCCUUCUGCCAUGCCAACAACAUUGUGCAUCGGGACCUGAAACCAGCCAACUUGCUUAUCAGCGCCUCAGGCCAGCUCAAGAUAGCGGACUUUGGCCUGGCCCGGGUCUUUUCCCCAAAUGGCAGCCGCCUCUAUACCCACCAAGUGGCCACCAGAUGGUACCGAGCCCCUGAGCUCCUGUAUGGUGCCCGCCAGUAUGACCAGGGUGUUGACCUAUGGGCUGUGGGCUGCAUCAUGGGAGAACUAUUGAAUGGAUCUCCCCUUUUCCCUGGGGAGAACGACAUUGAACAGCUCUGUUGUGUGCUUCGCAUCCUGGGUACCCCCAGCCCUCAAGUCUGGCCGGAGAUCACUGAGCUACCUGACUACAACAAAAUCUCCUUUAAGGAGCAGGAACCUGUACCCCUGGAAGAAGUGCUAUCUGAUGCCUCUCCCCAAGCCUUAGACCUGUUGGGUCAGUUCCUCCUCUACCCUCCUCACCAGCGCAUCACAGCCUCCCAGGCCCUUCUGCACCAGUACUUCUUCACAGCUCCCCUGCCUGCCCACCCUUCAGAGCUGCCGAUUCCCCAGCGCUCAGGGGGACCUGCCUCCAAAGCCCACCCAGGACCCCCUCACAUCCAUGACUUCCAUGUUGACUGGCCUCUUGAGGAGUCAUUGUUGAACCCAGAGCUGAUUCAGCCCUUUAUCCUAGAGGGGUGA